AUGCUGGGGGCCCUCCAGUCGAGCAUGCCUUCCUUUAUGUGCGCGUGUCUGGUGCUGAUGUACCACCGGGAGCGGGUGCGGCUGUUUGGCCUCCCGCGGGAAACAGCAAAAGCCUUGGGGGGUUUUUACUCCAUUGCUUCUGCCCUCGGCUGCCUCGUCUACUUGGCCCUCCUCAUGGCCACUGUCUUUGUUUUCCAAGUUGACAGGACGGAGGAGCCUGCGUACUUCUUUUUGUCUUCGACUUGGCUGCUGGUGACGCUGCUGUGGUUUAUUUUGCAAGCUUGUUUAAAGCCGCCUCCGAAGCGGGUGGAGGAGUUGGUGCAGCAGUACGAAGCAGCAAGGCCGGGGGCCAACGCUGCUGCUGCUGCUGCUGCUGCUGCUGCUGCUGUUGCCGUGGGGGCCCCCCUCGUCGCCGUGGGGGCCCCCCUCGCGGGGCCCCCCGAGGUCCCCGAAACUGAAAUGGCCCGCGCUGCGCGGUCCCAGCCAGUUGUUAUAGGCCAGGUCAGAACUUAA